CCGCUGCCUCCGGCGCCCCCGCCGCCGCGAUGAACCUCAGCCGCCUGUGCCGCCUGCUGAAGCCGGCGCUACUGUGCGGGACUCUGGCCGCGUCCGGCCUGGCCAGCACCAUGUGCGCGUCCCGAGACGACUGGCGCUGUGCUCAGUCUAUGCACGAGUUCUCCGCCAAGGACAUCGACGGACGCACCGUUAACCUGGACAAGUACCGGGGCUUCGUGUGCAUCGUCACCAACGUGGCCUCGCAAUGAGGCAAAACAGACGUAAACUAUACUCAGCUUGUCGACCUGCACGCCCGAUACGCUGAGUGCGGUUUACGGAUCCUGGCCUUCCCUUGCAACCAGUUCGGGAGGCAGGAGCCAGGGAGUAACGCGGAGAUCAAAGAGUUCGCUGCCGGCUAUAACGUCAAGUUCGAUAUGUUCAGCAAGAUCUGUGUGAACGGCGACGACGCUCACCCGCUGUGGAAGUGGAUGAAAGUCCAGCCCAAGGGGCGGGGCAUCCUGGGAAAUGCCAUCAAAUGGAAUUUCACCAAGUUCCUCGUCGACAAGAACGGCUGUGUGGUGAAGCGGUACGGUCCCAUGGAAGAGCCCCUGGUAAUUGAGAAGGACUUGCCCUGCUACCUCUAGCUCCGCAAGUAUGCGCCCCCCACAGCCCUGCCCCUCGGAGCCUUCCACCCGGCACCCAUGACGGUCUGCCUGGAAACCAGCCCGCUGGUGGGGCAGACCCGAGAACCCGGCGUGCACCCCUCGCCGGAGGAAGGUUCCUCGGCCCGGCUCGAGGCUUGGCGUCCCCCCACCCCCGUGGUUAUCUUGUGGGAAUAAAACAUCCACAUUGGC